AUGCCCAAGGCUGGAGACGAAAUAACUCAAGUUGUAUUCAAUGAACUCAAAUGCUAUAAAGUUGUUUGUCUUGAGGACUGUAAAGUACAUAUUGCAAACUGUGAAACUCCAACAACACCUUCAGUGACAUCAUCUGUUACAGUUCCUUCAGGAUGCCAGCUAAAUCCACCACGUGAGUACAAUGAAACCUGGAACAUGCCUGACUGCUUGGAAGCCCAAUGUCUAGGAGAUAACAAUAUUAAGAUUUCCAAAAAAAUAUGCCCUCCUCUACAAAAAAUAACUUGUGCCAAUAAAAAGCUACCCAUACUUGUAAAUGAUGAUGAUGUGGGUUGUUGUAAGCACUAUGAGUGCCAAUGUGUAUGCUCCGUCUAUGGGGACCCCCACUAUGAAACUUUUGAUGGAACUCUUUAUGAUUACCAAGGCCCAUGUACCUAUGUCUUAGUGGAAGAGAUUAAGAAGAGAAAUGCUAACUUUACAAUUUACGUUUCCAAUGAUAACUGUGGAACCAAGGCAUCAUGUCCGCGUAGAAUCAUCAUCAACUUUGAAGAUCAAAGUGUUGAAAUGAAGCUCGAAACAACACUGCAAUUACAGAAGAGCAUAACGGCUCUUGUGAAUGGACAGCCAGUCGCCAUACCCUAUAUCCAUAAUGAAUUUGUUAUUAACAAUAAAGGCCAGUACAAAGAGCUGUAUAUAAAGCAACUGAAUGCCUCUAUAAUGUUUAGUGCAAAUGAAGAGAUUUUUGUGACACUGCCAUAUAAACUUUUUGCCAAUAAUACAAGAGGACAGUGUGGUACUUGCACAAACAACAAACAAGAUGACUGCAUGCUGCCUGAUGGAACAGUUAUAAAAGACUGCGUACGCAUGGCCGACUCAUGGGCUGUUACAGACACAAGCAAGCCUGGAUGUAUAGUCAAUAAACCUACAACUGCUCCCAAACUUACCACAAUCCCAACAAAACGACCCACAACCAAACCUAUCUGCACUUCACCAUUGUGCAAUCUUCUCAAUAGCACGUUGUUCCAGGCCUGUCACAGCAAAAUAGAUCCUUCUGAAUUUAUCAAAGCGUGCACCUAUGACAACUGCUUUUCGGACAAUCCUUUAGUGAAAUGCUCCUCCCUCCAGCGUUACUCUCGCUUGUGCUCCGAGAAGGGCAUCUGCAUUGACUGGAGAAAAAAUGCUUCAGAAUGCAGUUUGAACUGUUCUUCAGACAAAGUCUAUAAGGCAUGUGGUCCAGCUGCACAGCAAACCUGUCAAUCAAUUACAGUAGAUGUACCACUCAGUUCCAUUCAGACGGUAGAAGGAUGCUUUUGCCCUGAGGGUACCACGCUCUUCAGUUUGGCUCGAGAUAUCUGUGUAACCAAUUGCGGAUGUGUUGGGCCAGACAAGAUACCCCGCACGUUUGGGGAAGAAUUUGUGUUCGACUGCCGGAACUGCAUCUGCUUGGAAGGUGGCGCUGGAAUCUCUUGUGGGCCGUACAAGUGUCCAGAAGUGGAAACGAAUUGUACUGAAAAAGGUUUCUACCCCAUGACUCAAGUUAGCGCUACAGACAGAUGCUGCAAUGAGACCGUGUGCAGGUGCGAUCCCAGCCUGUGUCCUGUCAGUUCCCUCAGUUGUGACCCUGGUUUCCAGCUAAAUGCCACUUAUACUGAUGGACAAUGCUGCCCCACAUAUACCUGUGUUCGAAAGAAUGUCUGCAUUUAUAAUAAUGUGGAAUACAAGUAUGGAGACAUAUUUGGGUUGGACUGCCAGGACUGUGUGUGUAGGGAAGGAGACUUUGAAAUCACCUGUUCCCCCCACGAGUGCCCACUAGUGGAAUUUACCUGCGAUGAAGAAGGUUUCUACCCGGUGACUUACAUUAGCUCUGAAGACACAUGCUGCAAUAAGACUGAGUGCAGGUGUAAUCCCAGCCUGUGUUCUAGCAUUUCCCUCCAAUGUGACCCAGGUUUCCAAGUUAAUGCCACUUUUACUGAAGGACACUGCUGCCCUGAUUAUACCUGUGUUCAAAAGAAUGUCUGCAUUUAUAAUAAUGUGGAAUACAAGUAUGGAGACAUAUUUGGGUUGGACUGCCAGGACUGUGUGUGUAGGGAAGGAGACUUUGAAGUCACCUGUUCUCCCCACGAGUGCCCACAAGAGGAAUUUACCUGCGAUGAAGAAGGUUUCUACCCGGUGACUUACAUUAGCUCUGAAGACACAUGCUGCAAUAAGAUUGAGUGCAGGUGUAAUCCCAGCCUGUGUUCUAGCAUUUCCCUCCAAUGUGACCCAGGUUUCCAACUAAAUGCCACUUUUACUGAAGGACACUGCUGCCCAGAUUAUUCCUGUGUUCCAAAGAAUGUCUGCAUUUAUAAUAAUGCUGAAUAUUUGCCGGAAGCUCUGUUCUAUGAAAGCUGUACUGUUUGUGAGUGCCUGUCCUCCUCACUAGAAGUGAUAUGCAACCCUGUGGCGUGUAUGGCUCAGUGUGACCCUGGAUUUGAACCUCAGUACAAUUCAAGCAGCUGCUGCCCAGAGUGUAUUCAGACACAGUGCGUUGUGAAUGUCGGCGGUUCUACCUUGUUAAUACAACCAGGAGAGGCUAUUACCAGAGACUGCAGGACAUACAGUUGCUCAGGAGCAGAGUUUGAGAUCCAUGAACUAGAUGUAACGUGCCCACCAUUUAAUGAAGACAAAUGCAAACCUGAAAAUAUCCAAUUGUCACAAGAUGGCUGCUGUAAAACAUGUAAUAAAAAGAAUGGAUGUGAGUUAAAAACUUAUCUGCAAAAUGUGACUUAUGAGAGCUGCGAAGCACAGGUCAUCAUGACUCGCUGUGAAGGAUUAUGUGAAACCUAUUCAAUGUACUCAUCUGCAACAAAUGAAAUAUCACACACGUGCAACUGCUGUCGGGACACAGAGACAAGUAGCAAAAGUACAAUGCUGCUGUGUCAGGAUGGGAACCAAAUCAGCUACACAUACACCAGCAUAGACCAGUGUGGAUGUAUGGGCACCACGUGUGGCCUGCCAAAAAGCCAACCCUGAGCUCUAGGAUACGCUUUCGCUGGGAAGAGUGAUUAAUGUAUUACUGGGCACUUAAUUGGCUCACAGAUAUGUGUUUUUAUGUUUGGUGCCUAAAAAUAUUUAUUAAAUUCCUGGCCUGUGCUUUACACUGCAAUGUAUCCUUUCAUCUUGCCCCGUUUAGAUGAAGCUUUUCUACAAACUUAUGAAAAACACGGUCCUGUGGGGCAGUUCUGCUCAGAUCAGUAGAUUAGAAAAAACUGAAUGUGCUUUUAUUGUUUAAAUGAAAACCAGUACAAUAUUUGGUUUUUAUUCUAAAUGUAUGCUUUAAAAUAAAUCUCUUUUCCUGUAUUGCAACA